CAAGAUAAGCUAUCCAAAUGCCUAAAAUUAUCAUCCCUCAUUGGUCCUUUUUCUGUACAGGCAAUUUUAAUGAACCUUUGAAUGAAGGAAAUUGUCAGACUGAGGUUCAGUCACUCUGAGUUUAAUGUUUUAGGGAUCAAAAAUCUUUUGUUUCCUGGAAGGGGUAAUUCAAAUGAUAUCUGUUCUGUAGCAUACAUACAAAUGCCUUGCUCCAUACAUUGCAAAAAAAAGCAGCUAAUUUUUCUUUUUCCAUGUAUUCAUAUUGAUUGGUUAGGUUCAUUUAAAACUCAAAGUAGUGGGGGGAAUAUAUGAUUUAGUAGUAAGUGUGUGAUUGUUACAUUACUCAUGAAUUCUUUUUUCUUUUCUUUUUAAGUACGAAUAAUCAUGCCCAGUGCUAAAGGUUUCUGGAAUUUGUUGAUGGCAGGCCGGCCAAAAGAUCAUGUUGAUUUUCUUGAUAGACCGGUCAUGUUCAAAAGUAGGAGCAAAAGAGAAAAUGUUGAUUCUUUUUGCUUCUGAAAAUUUUGACAUUUUGUGUUCUCAGAUGACAUAAAAUGUCAGAUGCUUCUGCAUGUAUAGGAGUGUCUGAUUACCAAGACUGCAUUUCUGAGCAGACCAGUAAGCCUCUUGGUCUGCCUGAGGGUUUUUCAUCAAAUCCGUCCACUGUUGAGACUUCUCUUCCUACUUACAUACUCGAAUGACCUGAUUUAUUUACAAUAUAUACUAUUUUCCAACAAGAGCUAGAAGGAGAGCAAUUAAAUUAUUCUCAAGCACAUUCAUGCAACACUUUCACCUGCGUCUUGUAGGCCUCAGUGGGCAGAUGAUAGCUGCAGCUUCUGCUUUCAGAACUCUCGGUGGAGGUGCUGGGGGACCAGAACUAUAAGAAGUCCUCUCCCCAGCCCUCUUGUUGCCGUUGCUGCCUCACUCGGCUUAAGAUGUGCACAGGGGAAUAGCCCCACUGCCUUGAAAGUGUUGCCAAGCACCAGGCCUAGGUAACACAAGGUGUUAAUGUCCUUGAUCCUUGGCAGCAAUAACGUUCUUUAACAACCACUUGGAAAUCUACUCUGCUGCAACUGCUGCAGAAUGUGGUGCCUUGUUUCUUGCAACAGGAGAUAUCUUGUACCAAAGUCACAGUAUGCUUGUGGCUAUCUGUCAUUUUCCAGGUAUAGCAUUCUCCUGUUACCCAAUAAAGUUUUUAAAAAUUGAAUCCUACAUGGCUUGAGAAAACCUCACAAUGAUCUGCCCAGAGACUUAGAAUUGGCUGUAUACAUCAUCUUGAUGGCGUAAUCUUUGCACCAUGGGAGAGGGGUUUUUUUUUUUGGAAGUAGUGCCUAGAAAAAGAUUGUUGGAUGCCCCAAACUUUUAAACAAUAAUUACAAUUUUAGCUAGGAACCUUCUGUUGUAAGCAUAUGAAUGGCUAUCUUUUGAUCUCUUAGCUAAAACUGCAGCUGAUUGUGGCUCCCAUGGAGAAUUCCAAAUACUCAUUUGCAGCCUUUCCUCACAUACAGAAACAUCAAGGGUGUGCAUAAAUACUGAGUCAAACCAUUGGUUCUAGGAUUUCAGAUGGGAGUCUUAACUAGCCUUACCUGGAGAUACUGGGGAUUAAACCUGUGCACAAAGCUGUGCACAAAGCACAGUCUCCACUGCAAAAACUGGAGAUGUGGCUGAAUGCCUCACUCUAUGGACACUGCUCUGUUCCUUGUCUUCAGAGGCAUGUGAUAGCAUUGGCACCACUUUCUCCACAGGUGGACCAUGGAGCCAAACAGCCAUGCUGUGGUUUAUCCUACCUCUCUCACCUUGCCCCCCUCCCGAUCUCCCCUUGGGAAAUGCUGAUCAGGGCGGGACUAGGGGCACUGAAUGCAGCUGUCUGAAGGCACCCUACAUUGUAUGUUUGCUCUGGAGCUCCAGCCAUUCAACAGGUACAGAGGUGGAAAUCCAGCAUGUCUCUCCUGCUGCCCAUUGGCUUCAGACUUUAGAGGAACAGUAGAGGCAGUCCCUUUUGUCCCUGACUUCAUGCUGCAUUUCGCAGAUGCUGUGCGAGAUCUAGGGCAAGGCAAGAAGACCUCAUGGGGCAGGGGCAUGUUCCAGUGAUUAGAAGAAAGAGAAAAGUGGGUGGCAGGAAGAGAUGGCUCCACCCAAUAUAGGCUCAGACCCCAGCUGACCUUUGUGAGUCAGUGGCCUUCCAUAGAAAUAAGCUUUCCCACCUACUAUGUAUGAUUUUCAAUAUAGCAAAGAACAGGGGUCAGCAAACUUUUUCAGCAGGGGGCCAGUCCACUGUCCCUCAUACCUUGGGGGGGCAGGCUAUAUUUUGGAAAGAAAAAAAAUGAAUUCUUAUGCUCCACAAAUAACCCAGAGAUACAUUUUAAAUAAAAGCACACAUUCUACUCAUGUAAAAACACGCUAAUUCCCCGACCGUCCGCAGGCCAGAUUUAGAAGGCGAUUGGGCCAGAUCCGGCCCCCGGGCCUUUGUUUGCCUACCCAUGGUAAAGAGGAUAGGGGCAGAACUAGAAUUAGUUGGUUCUGGCUCCAUCUCCACUUGGUCUCUCAGUCUUUUGCUCUACCAGUCCCAUGGGCCAUGGAGAGGAAAAGGUGGUUAAACGAGAAUGAAGUUUUUAAAGGGGGGGCUAAUUUGUCCCCCCAAAGUGGCCACAGAGUAAUUGGAGUUGUGUAUCCCUAUUUUAGGUGGCUAUAAGACUUGUCCCUUUUUUAGCUUCAUUCAGUAGGAAGGGUUCUAAACAGUUAAGAGAUAAUAGCUAGGUACCGGUAUCAAAGUUUAUAAACUCAGAAUGUUCCCUGCCACUGUCAGCAAUGUUUCAAGGUGCUUUGAAGCCAGUGGUAUGCUUGGGAGUUUGCAUGAGUUUUCAUCUCUGAACUUGUUCUCCCAGAUUCAGCAGGUAAAAAGUAAACAAACCCACCCACUGCUUGUAAUUAAAUGCUGCCAGCCAUCCUGAAUUACAUUGGAGAACAAUUAAGAGAAGUGUUUGGUUUCUAAAAUAAUUCUGGGAAGUCCAUUGAAGUUUGGAAGGGUGGGGCAACCCACAGAUCUUACUAGGAGUAUCAUAACAAUCCUUAGCCACUUGCAGAAACGAUUUGGAGAAGCAGCUCUUAUUUGUGGACCUAAGGAUUUCUUCCCUAUCAAUCUGAAAGCUGCCAACCUGCUUCCCUAUCAAUCUGGGCUGCCAACCAGUCAACAAUGUACUUGUUUGCCUAGUAGAGCCAUGUUCCAUCAGAAAACUGAUAUCAGGCUCUAAAUAGACAGUAUAAUCUGGGUUUUCCCAAUUUUCUGCAAAUCAAGAUCCACCCACAAUAAUGCCAAUCCAGUGGAUUUCAUGCUGGCUGCACCCGUGACAUUGACCUGCUAUAUGGCUGCAUCCCUGAUUACCCCAGAUUCUCCCUUGCUCUAGGCCCACCCAAGGGGUUCUUUAAUUUGGCAUUUGGAAAUUGACAAAUAUAACUAUAUCUUCUGAUAUAGCAUGAAUCUAGGGUUUAUUCCUCAGGGUGGUUGUGUGAUGAAUUGGCGUCACCUCUGAAUACAUUGUACUAUUUUUUUUUAAAAAGCACUAACAUAGCCCCAACACUGAGCCUAUAGAGCCCAAUCCAUGUCUUAAUUGUUUUGAAAAGUACCUCCCAUAAUCCUUCCAUUUUCCAGUCCUGUAGGUGUGUGCAGAUGGUGUAGGGUGGAGUGAAAAUCUCUCAAGCAUUUUCAGAAAACGAAGCAAGCCAAAUAGACUUAAUUGGAGAUAGCUUCAGCUUCCCAGAUCUAUCAGAGGGUCACCACUGGGAUUCUAUUGGUUCAUCAACAGGGUUCUUUGAUGGUGGUUGUUUUUUGUUACACCCCCCACUCCAUGCUCCACAGACUGAGCAUAUAAAAAGCACAAGGAAUCACAGAAAACAGAUUCAUGUGAAAUACAGAUACCAGAUAACAUCUCCUUUUGACAGGUGAGGCCAAUAAGACCACCUUCCUCCUUUGUUUAGCAAAGACAGAGCAAGCAAAACAAAUCUAAUCUGGAUGUUCAGCAGUAAAUGAAGAAGUGAAAGACACUGAGUAAUAGAAAAGGAGUGAUAUAAAAUAUGAGUUUCUUUUUACAAGCUAUACUUGCGAAUCUGAAUUUCCACAGGCAGGUGGUCUUGAGAGUGAGGUUUCUAAAAUAAGCCAGGAUCUGACUGCUUACUCUACCCUUUACGGUCACUUCUACCCAAGAUGCAUGUUUCUUCACAGCAUCUGCCAUGACCUAAGCAAGUGUACAUCAAAUCUAAGUUAUCUUUUAGUAAGAGUUAGCAGCUGCACUGUGACCAGAAAUGGGCAUGGUAGAUGCAUGCUCCUAACAAUCCUGUAAAUGUUACCCUGUCUCAGGAUGUUCGGUUCUGAUAACAAACCUUUAGGAGAAGGAGACCUGCGGAAAUUACUUAAACUUUAUCGCACAGAGAUCUCCAUGGCAGUCGACGAUGUCUUCCCCUUGCUCCACGGACUGGCAGAUCAUGACAUUGUCACGGAAAAGAUGUUCAAGGACACUCUCCAUCUGAAGGAGAAGGAUGGCUGCCACAAGGCCUUCCAUGCCAUGUUAACGUGGCUGUUGAGCCAGGACUCCUCUUCCAUCCAGGACUUCUGGAGGGUUCUCUUCAAGGAUUAUAACCUGGAGAGAUAUUCCAAGCUCCAGUCCAUUCGAAGCAGCUUUCCUAAAGACCUGGAUCUCAGUAGGUAUCACAGCAGGGCAAGGAAGCUCGCAACCAGUCCUAAGGUAUUGACUCAGCACAAAUCCCAAGGGAAGAGGAAAGCGACAGAUGAAAAAGAUGCUUUGCACCUACCUCAGCUUUCAGCAAAAGGCGAUGCACACCUUGGAUCCCUUCCAAAGGCAAAAUCUGUGAAGAAGUCAGAGAAUGUUGAGACCCAGCAUUAUCCCCUUUCGCAUGGCGGCGACACUAAGAAAUGCAUCAAAAUUGGUGGUGAGUUUUAUGCAGCAGACAAACUGGAAGAGCUUGGAGAGAGGAACAAAGCUCAGGAACUGAAGCCCAGCGGGAAAGCUAAAGAAUCCCAGAAUGGAGAUCAAAAAGCAAACUUGCAGAAUAGGUGCCCUACCAUCCCUUUCCCUACUGUGGAUCCAGCCCCCCAGCAGAAGAACGAUGACGAAUGUGCCAUCUGCAGGGAUGGUGGGGAGCUGAUCUGCUGUGAUGGAUGCCCCAAGGCCUUUCAUCUCACCUGCCUUGUGCCACCACUGACAGAGAUUCCCAGCGGGACAUGGAGGUGUGAUUCAUGCUCCUCUGGGCAAUCGAAACAAUACAGGAGCAAUGGAGAAGAGAACAGCAGGAAUGCACUUUCUCAGACACAGGGAGCUGUAUAUGUCCAGAGAACAACAGAAGAUGGAAGGAGGGUUCUCAUCAAGGAACCUGUGUGUGCAUCCCUCAGGCAGCCUUUGCCCUCUGUGACCCCAGUGUCCGGGGUGGCACUGCCAACAGUUCAAAAUGUGGGAACAGAGAAACAGCUGAAGCUGACCAUUGGGGAGAAGUGUGGUGUAUGCAGGAAAGAAGGAGACCUGAUCUACUGCAAUAAGUGUUUCCGGGCUUUCCACUGGCCCUGCCAUUUUCCUGCCCAUGCAGAUCAAAUCAGUGGAAUCUUAAUGUGCAAAUCCUGCACUAGCAACCAUCCCAUGACCAUCACCUUAGAAGGAACUACAAACACAAAUACCCCAACACUACGAGCGGUAAAGGUGGUGGAAGAAUCUGCUGGGACUGAACCCCUUCUGAACAAGGAUGAUCUGGACUCUCUCUUAGGGGAGAAUACAUUUGAUGGGAUCUUGCACUGGGCAUUCCAGAGCGUGCCCCGUCCUCUGUCAGACACUCAAGGAUUUUUCUCAUAGACUCUGGAUUUGGCACUGUUUUGCUGUUGUGUCAAACAUGUUCCUAUUGUCUCUUGCUGAAACAUUGGCAUCCAAAGCUACUUGCUUUCAUGUAGUCUAUAUUAUUGCAAUGAUAGUUCUGUUAAAUUGAUACUUCUCUGCUCAUCUCCAAUUGAGAGAAUUGAUAUUUUUCAGUCUGUACCUGAGUAGAUUAUCGUAAUCACCCUUCAAAUAAUCGAGUGAUGGGAUAGUAAUUGAAUUGUAGGAUAUUCUUUUUUCCACAUAUUUUUUUGAUGAGGGUUUCAAAAGCAAAGUCCCUCUGAACAUUCUUCCUGGACAAGUCCCAUGCUUCCUUUGUCAAUGAGAUCACUUUAUGUCAUUCGUAUAGUGUGCUACAGCCUAGAGAUUUAACCAUGCUGCAAAUUAAAUUAUCAGACAUUUUUGAGGUUCUACAUGAGCCAUUGCUAUGGUUCCAGUUCUCAGGCAGCAUGAAGAGGAAACUGUGUAACAAGGAGACAAAGCACAGCAGAAUUUCCCAGAUGCUCUGAAAUGUGGGGAAUCCAAGCUGCCUAAGGGGACAUUAUAGAACCAAAUGUAUUCUAUUUUUAAAAAUAUUUUUUAUUGAAAACAUUUUAAAUCCAUACCAAUUAUCAACAUUACAAUCAAAUACCUCCCCUCCCCCAUUUCCCCACUCCCCCUGGGACUUCCCCCAGCUCCCAUAACUGUUUUAUUGAUCUAUAUUGUUUCUGCAUGUUUUACAAUUGUAAAUGCUAUUUUUAUAAUGUUCAAGUUCAUAUUCUACUAAUAAAAUUUGUGUAUGUUUAUUCAAAUCCUGCCAGUGAGUCUAAGUCUCUUUGUUGUUUCUUCAGAUAACUUGUGAAAAGUUCCCAUUCUUCCUUAAAGUCCCGAUUGUCCUUUUCACACAGUUUAUAUGUUAAUUUUGCCAGUUCCGCAUAGCUCAUCAAUUUUUCUUGCCAUUGUUCCUUUGUUGGUAUUUCUUCUUUCUUCCAUCCUUGUGCUAGCAAAAUU